UUGCCGGGAAGGUGGUGAAGAAGAUCUGUGCGCCCUCUCUUAGUUUGGUCGUGAACGCCAGCCGAGCCAGUAGUAGAGUUAGCGGUCCGGUCUGGUCAAGCAUCAUUCCCGAGAUUCAGUUUCAGUUCAGUGGUCAAAGUGUGUGCAAGUGCGUGCAGUUUGGUCCGCGACGGGGCCUGCCUACCUAGAUCUAACAGUUCUUUUUUUUUUUUUGAAUACUGCUAAUGGAAAUAACUGGCCGCCUACUUAGCCGAGGCGCUGAAUCCGGGAAAACAGUUUACCGCUUUUCGAAUGAAUUAACGGUAUUAGUGAAGAACAAAAAAAUAGUGCAUUAGUUUCGGAAAAAUAUUUUUUUUUUUUUCAUUGGAAAUCAGCGACAAGAAACAACUCGUGGUGAUCCGGGAAUAGUUCGGAACGGAAAUCAUAGUGAAAACGAACAACGCACAAGUUUCGACAAAAGUUAGUGUGAUUGUAACGAACACGUAAGACAUAGAAGUUUGGCAAUAAAUUGGAGCAACCGAGAAAGGGCAACGGACUGUGAGAAGCUGGGAGGUUUUGCGGCCAGCACCAUUGACGGGAGAUUAUUUAGCGAAUAUUAGGGUAUAAGAAAACAGUCGCCAUGAUCAACAGGAGUUCGAGCCUCAAAGGGCUCGAAUCGAUAGCAACCUUUCUUAUAGCAGUCACGAUAGUCGUGACGUCACAAGUUAAUGCUGCACCUAUGUACGAGAGCGAUCAGACUGACUUAGAGAACUAUGGCGAAUCGGCGGGCUGCUACUAUAACUACAAUCACUACAGCGAAGGUGACCGUAUCAUGACGAACGAGCCCUGCCUGAACUGUACCUGCCAUGAUCGUAUGCUGAUGUGCUACCUGCGAGUGUGUCCUUUCACCAAGGCGAUCGGUCAGGAUUGUACGAUCGAGAAACGUGAAGACCAGUGCUGCCCGGUGAUCACCUGUCCCGAAGUCGAAGUUCAGCUGGUCGAUCAUCAGACCUCAACCGAUGCUGCUGGCAGCUCGACGGCGGUUGGUGCCCCAGAUCAAUAUGGUUGUACGAUCGAAAACCGAUACUAUCCGGAAGGAGCUCAAGUGCCAUCAAAUCCCCACAAGCCUUGCGAACUGUGCUACUGUAUUCGUAACAUGACCACUUGUGUCAUGCAGGAGUGUACGCUACAUAUUGACGGAUGUCAGCCAAUCUACAACAAGGGCGUCUGUUGUCCAGUAAGAUACGAUUGCGAUCACGACAGGGAAAUGAACCCACUGCAACUGGAAGAUGAAAUGACCACCACCGUACGCCCGACACCUGGCUUCAUCCUUACGACCACGAUGUCUCCGACCGUCUCAACGGACUGUGUCCACAAUAGCGAAGUGUACGCCGAUGGUUCCAUGAUCAUUACCGAAAAACCAUGCGAACACUGCUACUGUAUGCGAGGAGACAUCGUGUGCGCCGUUCAGGAAUGCGGAACUCCACUGGAAAAUGAAGGCAAGAACUGCACGGCACUUCCGCCAGCACCAGGACAGUGCUGCCCGGAUACGUACAUGUGCGACGGAACAACGGAUGCCACUACGACGCUCCGACCGGAAUCCGAUGAUCAAAUUGCUGAAGAUGAAGACGCUACAACCGCCCAGGCACCAAUAAGCAGUGACGAAACUGCCAGCGCACCAGUCGACGAUGAGGAAGACGUUCAGCAGCAACACAUUCCACACCCGGAAACCAUGGUUGAUGACAAAUCCGAAAGCGAAGAAGAACAAAGUAUCGAGAUGGAACCAGUUCAUCACGACGAUGACGAUGAUGACGAAAGUGAGGAAGCUGAUGAACAACAACACCAUGAAGCUCCUGUAAUGCCAACUGCUGACGACAAGCCAACCACUAGUCAACCAAGCCAAGCCGACGAAAAGGAAGCAACCACCCAAGCCGCCGUUCAGGACGAGAAGGAACCGGAACCAGAAGCUCCAGCAUCGGACAGCGUGGCUCUCGAUGAACACGAUGAAGAACCAAAGGUUACCACGGCUGCUGCCCCUGAAGCUGAUGAUGCCAAGCCUGAAUCCGAAAAGGACAACGAAGUCGAAGUCGAACAAGCAGCGGUUAGUCACGAUCUACCAGAGGAAUCCGCCACCACCGAACACCCAGCUGAACCAGAGAAGGAUCUCGUAGCCCCAACUGUCUCGGAUGACGAAGCCUCUUCCUACACAACCAUGGCUCCAGCGAAGGAAAGCGACGAAGAAAUCCCUGCUGAAACGACCACUGCAUUUGCUUUCACCGCCAGCGACGACGAUGUUGGUCAGACUACCGAAAGCCGCACCUACCUUCCACCGUUCCACGAUUCGGAAACCACAACCGCUCGUAUCGAGUCUGACGAACCAGCAUUCGCUACCACCAUGGCACCGCUGGCUGCCGCUGACGACACUGUGGAAUCCGACGACAAACCAGAAAGCCCAGCCCUUGAAUCCGACCAACCAGAAGCUCCAGCCACCACCGUGAAGGGCAUCGAAUCCACCACCUACACCAAGGAACCGGCUCACAAAUUCGAAGACAAUGUCCCAGAACAAGACUUCAUCGAACUGCCACCAGCCGAGAUUGUAACGGAAUUGCCACCAAUCCCAACUACCGCCAGAAUUCCAGAAAUGCCAACGGAAGAAAUCAUGACUCAUUCACCACCGGAAGCCGACUCGCACGUUCUGGACGAUGCCAUGACGACUACUGCUCCAGUUGCCGAUGCCGUGGUUCCAGCUGAAGACGAUAAGAAGGAUACACCCGCUGUCGAUAUGGACGAACCAGUCGAAAUGAACACCGUUAUUCCAUCGAGCGACGACAAGAAACCUCAGGAAGAAACAGAUGAGGAAACACCAGACAAGAUGUUCCCAGAAGCUAUCCCUGGAGAAGGUGAUUGUUUGGUCGAUGGUAUCACCUACAAGAACAAUGCAUUGAUCCCGGCCAACAACAAAUGUCAAGAUUCAUGCAAGUGUUCCAACAGUAUUGUGCAAUGCGAGAUGGUCCAGUGCGCUUUAGCUCCAGCCAAGGACUGUGCUCCAGUGCCAGCUGCUCCUGGUGAGUGCUGCCCAACGUACAAGUGCAACGCAUUGGAACGAGACGAAAGCGUUUCCGAAUCCGACAGCGAUGUCUCUGAAGAUGCCAAGAAGCCAACCGAAAGCUCGUCCACCGAAAGUUCCUCAUCUUCCGAUGACACUACCGAAGAAUCCAAGGAAGAAGAUGAACCAUCGGCGAGCGAUUCCACUUCUGAUGAUAGCGACGAAGAGGAAGAAUCCAACCAGGUUGAAGAUCAGGGUAAGGUAACGACUCGUCGUCCAGUUGUCAUUACACCAAGCAAAUCUGAAGAACAGGACCAACCAUCUGAAAGCGAUUCGGAAUCUGAUAGUGACAGUGAAGUCGAGUCAGAUGAAGCCGAAGAACCGAUUAGAAUCACAUCUGCGGCCAUUGUUGCCGACGAUGAAAUCGAGCAAGAAAAGGUCACUUCAGCACCGGCUAUGGACGAAUUCGUGCCAACUGAAAGCCAGGUUGCCGAAAAAGAACCCGAACACGAUGAAAAAUUGCCUGUUGAACCGGUUGAAGCCGAGAAGGAGGAAGACGAACCAAUCAUGGUUGCUGCCCCAACUACUACUGCUCCAGCUGCCGACGAAGCCGUUCAUACCACCAUGGCUGCCGUUGCUGCUGACACCGCCGCUGAUGAAGAAGAACAACCAGCCACUCCAUCUGAAGAGAAGGAUGAAGAAGCACCUGCUCACGAUGAUGUCACUACUGCUAAGGCCGUUGAACAAGCUGACGAGAAGGAAGAGGAGCCAAUUGCUACGGAGAAAGCUCCCACAAUGGAUCAUGCUGCAGCUGAGUCAUCGAAGCCAGAAUCAGAGCAAGACAUGCCAGUUGAAUCAGUCGCUGCCACUACAAUGGCUACCGAGAAGGACCAAGAGCAAGACAUGCCAGAAACGACAGCUGCCGCCGCUCAAGAUGAAGAAGCUCCAUCCGAAGCCACCACAGCUAAACCAACCAUUGCCCACGAUGAAGAACAACAACCAGAACAAGACGAGCAACAGAAGGUUGAAGAUGUUCCAGCUACUACCGCCAUGCCUGUUGAAGCUGCUGCUGAUGAUGUCGCUGUUCCAACCGAAAAGGACCAGCAACCAGAAAUUCAAGCAACCGAGAAACCAGAAUCCGACGCACCAAUGAUGACUGAGGAAGCUCCAGCUCAAGUAACUGUGAAAUCAGAAGCCGAAGCUCUGCCGAUGACCGAAAAAGCUCCUGCUCAAGCACCAGUUGAUGAUAGCAUUCACUUCCCAGUUGAUGAACCGGAACACGAUGAGGUUCAGGUUGGCCAAAAACCAAUGCCAGUUGAACCAGUUGUCGAGGAAGAGCAUGAGCCGAUUGAACAUGACGAUAGCAUUCACUUCCCAAUUGACGAAUAUGACGAAAGUCCAAUCUUUAUCCCAACCGCCGAACAGGAUCACGUGAUGGAACAUGAAGAAGACGAACAGAAACCACUUGAUGAUCACGUUCCAGGACAUGUAGAUGAACACAAACCAGCUGACGAAAUGCCAAUUACUACCCAAGCGGCUACAGAAGAAGCAACAACUGCCAAGGCUGCUGAAGAACCUAUCACCGUUAAGGCUACAGAAGAAGCAACAACUGCCAAGACUGCUGAAGAACCUAUCACCGUUAAGGCUACAGAAGAAGCAACAACUGCCAAGGCUGCUGAAGAACCUAUCACCGUUAAGGUUACAGAAGAAGCAACAACUGCCAAGACUGCUGAAGAAGCUACAACUGUUAAGGUUGGAGAAGAAGCAACAACUGCCAAGACUGCUGAAGAAGCUACAACUGUUAAGAUUGCCGAAGAAGCAACAACCGUCAAGGCUGCUGAAGAAGCAACAACUGCAAAGGCCGUAGUAGAGAUGGAUGGUGGAUUGGACGAUACGAUUGAUGAAGUCGAAAAGCCUGUUGAACCAAGCCACGAUGAAGUGAAGACUACCAUUGCACCUGCCGUUGAAGUUCCAGAACAUGACGAAGAUAAGAAACCUAUGGAAGAUGAAGAAGCCCAACCUGCAACAACCAGUGCUCCGGUGAGCCAGGAUGCUAUUACUCCAGAGAUGCCACUGGAAGAAAUGCAUACUCAGAUGCCACUCGAGUCGGAUGAUCAGAUCAAGGAACACGAAGCUACAACGAUCAAGGCGGUAGAUGCACCAGCUACUCAGGCUGCACCAGCAGCCGCUGCCGAUGUCGAAGCCGACGCUGAACAAAAACCAGAAGUACAGCCAACAGUUGAUGAUGAAAACGUUAGCUCUGAAGAGGAACAGGAACAUGUACCAGUGAGCGCAGACGCCGGUGCUGACGAUGAAGAAAGCAGCGAAGAAGCCAUCGUCCAAGAAGUACCAGCUCCAACAUCCGAUGAGCAGGAAGAAGAGGAUGAUAAAUCGACUGAAGAUGAUCAGAAACCACAGGAAGUGAAGCCAGUUGAAGAUGAAAAGAAACCAGUGGCUGCCGAUGAGGAAAAACCAGCUGAAGAAGAAAUGAAGCCGGUGGCUAGCGAUGCAGAAAAACCUGCUGAAGAUGAAUUGAAGCCUGCAGUUGAAGAUGAAGAACAGAAACCAGUUGCUGUUGAUGAUGAGAAACCAGCUGUGGAUGAAGCAGAACAGAAACCUGUGGCCUCUGAUGACGAGAAACCAGCUGAAGACGAUUUGAAGCCAGCUGCCGAGGAUGAAGAACAGAAACCAACCACAGCAGAUGAUGACAAACCAGCUGAGGAAGAAAAGAAGCCAGUGGCUAGCGAUGAUGACAAACCAGCUGAAGGAGAAAUGAAACCAGUGGCUGCCGAUGAGGAACAGAAACCAGUUGCUAUCGACGAUGACAAACCUGCUGAAGAAGAGACAAAACCAGUUGUGGACGAAGCAGAACAGAAACCAGUUGCUUCUGAUGAUGACAAACCAGCUGUGGGCGAAGCAGAACAGAAACCAGUUGCAUCUGAUGAUGACAAACCUGCUGAAGAACCGGUGACACCGGCUAUGGAUGAAGAAGAACAAAAACCAGUGGCUGUCGACGAUGAGAAACAUGCUGAAGAAGAAUUGAAACCAUCUGUGGAUGAACUAGAACAGAAACCAGUUGUUGCCGAUGAUGAAAAGCCAGCUGAAGAAGAAAUUAUUCCAGUGGUGACCGUUGAGCAGAAACCUGUUGCGGAAAGUGACGAGAAGCCAACUGAAGUGGAUGAAGAAGAGAAGAAACCAGUUGAAGAAGAAACCACUGUGGCAAGCGAUGACAAGCCAGAUGUUGAAGCUGAGGAAGAAAAGAAACCAGCCAGCGAUGAAACCGCCACGACGUCAGCUCCAAGUGCUGAUGAAGAACAGAAACCAGAAAGUGACGAAUCUGUUACCAUGGCCACUCCAUCUACCGAUGAAGAAAAACCAGCUAUGCCAACCGCUGAUGAAGAAGAGAAACCAACUGUUGCUGCCGAUGCCGUUGAAGAACCUGAAGCUGACGAAGAAGAAGCUCAUGCUACAACAGCUGCUCCAAUGAAGGAAGCGGAUGAGGAACAGAAACCUGUUAGUGCGGUUGACUUGGAACACGAACCAACGAUGAUGACCGAUGAUGAUAAAACUCCUGAAGUGGUCAGCGACGAUGACAAGGAACCAGAAGUUGGAGCUGAUGAGGAACAGAAGGAAUCUGAUGAAACUGCACCUGCCACUACACCUGCUGCCGAUGAAGAACAGAAACCAGCUGAUGCUGAUGAGGAACAAAAACCAGCUGGUGCUGAUGAGGAAGAAAAGCCAGCUACCACAGCCACUCCAGCUAAGGAUGACGAAAUGAUGGCUCCAGAAUCUGAUGCUAAGGAUGAAGACAUGGCCGCUACUCAUAAACCAGAGCAAGAUGAAGUGAAACCGGAAAUUGAAGCCGAUGAAGUCAAACCAACCGAAGCACCAGUCAAGGUUGAGGAUGAAGUUGCUUCCGAAGAAGAAGAAGAACCACAGCACUCUGUUCCAGCCGCUCACGAUGAUCAGACCUCAGAUGAAACCGAAGAUGAUACUCCAGCUGCCACUGAAGCUCCAUUGAAGGAAGCUGACGAACCACAGGCUCCUACCACUAUUGCUUCAAUUGUUCCUGCUGAUGAUGAAGAAGAACAGAAACCAACUGAAGAAGAGAAGAAACCAGCACUAGAUGAAGCUGAAAUAAAACCAACCGACGCUCCAAUGAAGGCUGACGAUGAGGAACAGAAACCAGCUGUUGAACCAGUGGAAGCUGACGAACAGGAGUCUACUACACAAAUGGCACAAGCUGAUGAAGAAGAGAAGCCAGCUGCUGCUACCGAUGCUACUGUUGAAGAUGAUGAACAGGAAGCACAGGCAACAAUGGCUCCAGCAAUGGAUGCUGUAGAGGGAGAUGAAGCGCAAAAACCAAAGCCUGCUACUGAAUCUGAUGAAACCGAAAAGGAUCAAGAGCAACCAAUUGUUGAACCAGUGGAAGCCGAUGAAACUGAGAAGCCUGUGUCGACUGAUGCACCAGUGAUGGAUAUGGAUGAGGAAGAGAAACCAUCCUUUGAACCAGUGGAAUCCGAUGUAACUGAAAAGCCUGUGUCGACCGAUGCACCAGUGCUGGAUAUGGAUAAGGAAGAGAAACCAGCUGUUGAACCAGUGGAAGCUGAUGAAGAAGAACAAAAACCAUCUGUGGAACCAGUGGAAGCUGAUGAAAAAGAACCAAAACCAUCUGUGGAACCAGUUGAAGCUGACGAAGAAGAACAAACACCAGCUGUAGAACCAGUUGAGGCUGAUGAAGAAGAACAAACGCCAUCUGUGGAACCAGUUGAAGCUGAUGAAGAAGAACAAACGCCAUCUGUGGAACCAAUUGAAGCUGAUGAAGAGGAACAGAAACCAGAUGUGAAACCAGUUGAAUCUGAUGAAGAAGAGCAGAAACCAGCUGUGGAACCAGUUGAAGCUGAUGAAGAAGAAGAGAAACCAGCUGAAGAAACUGCUCCUACUACUGUCAGUUCAGUUAUGGAUGAAGUGAAGAAGCCAGAGGCCGGGGAACAGAAACCAUCUCUCGAUAAGGAAGAAGUACCAACCACUCAAUCCACCAUUAAGGACGAUGAUGAAGAGAAACCAGCUGAAGUUGAAGCAGAUGAGGAGAAGAAGCCAGCAGAAUCUACGACUAUUGCGCAGAUGGAUGAUCAACAACCAUCGACAAUGGCUACUCCGGUGAAGGAAGCUGAUGAACAGCAGCCAACAUUAGUUGAAUCUGACGAAGAGGAUAAGCCAGUUCCUGAGGCUGAUGAUCAGACGAAACCACUGGAGUCCGAUGAAGAAGAGAAGACUACUGAUGCACCGGUGAAGGAAUCUGAUGAAGAAGAGAAGCCAGCUGAAGUGCAACCAACUGCUGAUGAAGCACAGAAGCCUGCUACCGAAGAAGAGGAAGUGAAACCGACUCCAACUGCUGAUGAAGCACAGAAGCCUGCUACUGAAGACGAGGAAGUGAAACCGACUCCAGCUGCGGAUGAAGAACAGAAGCCUGCCACUGAAGCAGAGAAAGUGAAACCGACUCCAGCUGCGGAUGAAGAACAGAAGCCUGCCACUGAAGAAGAGGAAGUGAAACCGACUCCAGCUGCGGAUGAAGAACAGAAACCUGCCACUGAAGAAGAGGAAGUGAAACCCACUCCAGCUGCGGAUGAAGAACAGAAACCUGCCACUGAAGAAGAGGAAGUGAAACCAACUCCAGCUGCAGAUGAAGAACAGAAGCCUGCUACUGAAGAAGAGGAAGUGAAACCAACUCCAGCUGCAGAUGAAGAACAGAAGCCUGCUACUGAAGAAGAGGAAGUGAAACCGACUCCAGCUGCAGAUGAAGAACAGAAGCCUGCUACGGAAGAAGAGGAAGUCAAACCGACUCCAGCUGCAGAUGAAGAACAGAAGCCUGCUACGGAAGACGAAGAAGUGAAACCGACUCCAGCUGCAGAUGAAGAACAGAAGCCUGCUACGGAAGAAGAGGAAGUGAAACCGACUCCAGCUGCAGAUGAAGAGCAAAAACCAGAGCUGGAUGAGACCAUUGAAGAGGAACCAAUCAAAACUGAUGAUGAAACGCCAGCAACUACUGCAACUGCUCCAGUCAUGGAUGCCGAAAAGGAAAGCGAAGAUACUGGAAAACCUUCCCUUGAGGAAGAGCAUGAUGAAGUUCAGCAGACACCAGUGCAGGCCAUUGAAGAUGAAGAUGAAUCUGGAGAACAUGAAGUUUCACCACCUGCUGCUACUCCUGCUGCAGAUCAAGAACCACAGACAGUGGAAGCUGAUGAGGAACCAAAACCAGAAAUGGCUGAACCAGCUACUACUGCAGCUAGUGUUGCUGCUGUUGCCGAUGAGGAAGAAAAGGAAGCUACAUCAGCAGCACCAGUUAGCGAUGAGAAGGAAGAAGAUCAGCCAGCAUCUGUGAGUCACGAUGAUGAUGAGGCACCAGCGCCAACAACUGCCGCUGCCCCAGCCGAAGUUGAACAAGAUGCAAUUCCGACGACGAUGGCUCCAGUUAAGGUUGAAAGCACAACUGAUGCAGUGACUGAAGAACCAAUCAAGGAAACAACUGCUGCGCCAAUGGUGCCAGUUUUCGAUGAAGAAAAGGAAGCCGAUAAGCCAGCUGUUCCUGCUCAGGAUGAAGUGCAGAAACCAGUAGAGGAAGAAGUACAGAAACCGGCUGAAGAAAAACCAGUUGAAGCCGACGAGGAAGAAGAUCUACAACAACAAGCCAAGCCAGUGUUUGAUGAAAAGGAAGAAGACAUUCAGAAACCAGUGACACCUGGUUAUGAAGACAGUUACUUCCCAUCGAGCACAAGCACAAAACCAGAAGCUGAAACUCCAGGACCAUCGUACGGACCACCAGGAGGCCAGCACUACGAUCCAGGAUAUGGACAUAUGCCACCACAUUACCCACCAUCGUCAUACGAAGACGACUACACCGAUGAGGAAGAUCCAGCCUCGUUUGGACCGGGAACUUGCCGAUACGGUGGCAAGCUCUACGUCUCCGCUCAGCAAAUUCCACGUGAAGAUCCGUGCGAUUUCUGCUUCUGCUUCCGCAGCGAUAUUAUCUGUUUGCAGCAGUCGUGCCCACCUCCAAUCAGCGGAUGUCACGAGGAGCCAAUUUCCGGUUUCUGCUGUCCGCGGUACGAAUGUCCUGUCUCGAUGGCUACGGUGCUCAACGUUACGACCAGUACGACCACCACGACCACGACGCUGCCACCGCACUUCCUGUCGCACGCCUACAAGGGCUCAGUGACGAAGCGUGGUUGUCAGAUCCAGGGCAAGGCCUACCAGGUCGGUGAAACCGUGGCGUCUGCCAGCGGUCCUUGCAUGCGAUGCUUAUGUGGCGGAGAUGGCCAGAUGAAGUGCGAACCCAAGGCGUGCAGUCCAGAGCCAAUGUUGCAGCAGAUGAUUGCCGUGGCAGCAUCCCGAAGGAGAUGAAGCGACUAGACAGGUAGCCAACGAGCGAGCGAGCGUACGGAAUGGAAGAAGCAAGAGAGAGAUUAGACAAGAGAGAGAGCGAGAUUGCGAGCGAAUACAACGUUAAGGAGGUAAUCUCACGUUAGAAUUCAUUUUCCAUCUAGAAAAUGAAGAACUGUGCGAAAUGGGUAACCAGUAAUAGGAAGGAGAUGUGGUUGUCUGUGCUGCAUCUCUAGGCGAGUAGUGAAAGGCGAACGAUGGCAAACAAGAAAAAAGAGAAAGAGACGUCACACGAAACAAAGUAGCUCAUUAUUUCAAAAGACUUGAAACAACAACAAUCACUCACAGAACGCAGCAAAAACUCACGCACAAACACACACACACACACACACACAUAUAUACACAAACAGACGAAUACGCACUAACUAACACAUACGCAAACAGAUCAGUAUAGCCGAGACAACGAUUUCUAGAUCAAGGCUCACCUGAUUGACGACGGCCAUUUUGGAACCAUUCCAUUAUGGCUGACUUCGAUCAGGUGAGCUGGUACUCUAAUUAUUUCUUGUGUAUAGGAGAAUUUUUUCGACGUGACAAAAUAUCGAAUUAAUUUACGAAAACUAAAAACAACAAACCGUUAGGUAAAAUACCAGAAAGUGGUCGUCGUGUCUCAUACAAUUACUUCUAGUCUCUCUGUUUUACGUUUUUUUAAUAGAAAGGAAUGGCAAAGGAAACGAAUCGGGAAAGUUUAGCAAUGAAUCGCAGCAGAACAAACACAGACUCACACC